AUGGGAAUUCACAACAGCAUCUGGCGAGGUUGGUUUUUUUCCCUGUAUCUCUGCAUGUGUGGGGAAGUAUGUGAGUCCUUUCGCUAUUCAAUGCCUGAGGAAAAGAAAAGUGGGUCUCUGGUGGCAAAUGUACUAAAGGAUUUGAAAGUGGAUGCGAAGGAUCUGUCUGUUCGUAGAGCCCGGCUGGUUUCUAAAAGCACCAAGCAGUAUUUCCAGCUGGAUUCUCACUCUGGGAAUGUGAUAUUAAAGGAUAAAAUAGACCGAGAAGCUUUGUGUGGUCAGAAAGAUCUCUGUGUCUUACUCUCGGAGAUUGUCCUAGAAAAUCCACUGCAAGUACACCGCACUGAAGUUGAAAUAGAUGAUGUGAAUGACAAUUCACCGCAGUUCUCUAAAAAAGAAUUAUUUUUUGCAAUACCCGAGCAGACUCAAACAAACGCUCGAUUCCCUUUGGAGAAAGCUCAAGAUGCAGAUAGAGGAGAGAAUGCAGUUCAGAACUACACCCUUAGUCCAAAUGACCAUUUUAGACUGGAUGUCCAAAGUCGCAGCGAUGGGAGCAAAUAUGCAGAAUUAGUAUUAUGCAAACAAUUAGACCGUGAAGAGCAAUCGCGUUUCCCCCUGAUUCUGUCUGCUAUCGAUGGAGGGAUCCCAAAGAGAACUGGGACAGCAAAAUUAAUCAUUGAUGUUCUGGAUAUAAAUGACAAUGCCCCUCAUUUUCAUCGAUCUCUGUACAAAGCAAAAGUAAUGGAAAACAGCCCAUUGGGCACACUGGUUGCUAAAGUGGAAGCAAAUGACCCUGAUCUUGGUUCUAAUGCAGACGUCACCUAUUCCUUCAGCCAGGUGCCAGAAAAUGUGCUCAAAGCAUUCAGUUUAAAUAAACAUACUGGGGAACUUAAUGUUGUAGGAAUAAUUGACUAUGAAGAGGAGAGAAGUUAUGAGAUAAGCAUCAAAGCCACAGAUGGAGGGGGGCUCUCAGAUUACUGCAAAGUCAUUGUGGAGGUUGAGGACAGAAAUGACCAUGCCCCAGAGGUGAUCCUCACAUCUGUCACCACUCCCUUGCCAGAAGAUUCUCCCACAGAUAUAGUGGUGGCCCUCUUCAGUGUCACCGAUCAGGACUCUGGAGACAACGGCAGAACUUCCUGCACCACCGCGGAAAACCUACCCUUCGUGCUAAAAGCCUCGGAGAAUAACUAUUACCAGCUGGUCACCCAACAGCCUCUAGACCGAGAAAGUGUCUCAGAAUACAACAUCACCAUCACAGCCACAGACAAAGGCUCCCCCAAGCUUACUUCAAUAAGAAUAAUGAAUGUCCAGAUCUCAGAUGUGAAUGACAACGCUCCAGUAUUUGAGAAGUCAGCAUAUGAAAUGCAAAUACAAGAAAACAAUAUUCCAGGUCUUUUGAUAGGCUUGGUACAGGCUGAUGACCUGGAUACAGAGCAGAAUGCCAAAGUGACCUAUUCUCUUUUGCCUGGGAAGGUCAGUGAUCAACCUGUGUCCUCUUACGUCUCCAUCAACUCCGAAACUGGGAAUCUGUACGCCAUCCGAUCUCUGGACUAUGAGCAGAUAAAAGAUUUCCAGGUGUCUAUGAAAGCUGUGGACAGCGGUUCUCCUCCCCUGAGUUCCCAAGCUAUGGUCCGAGUCAUUGUCAUGGAUGAAAAUGACAAUGCCCCAUUCAUCCUCUACCCUCUCCAGAAUGGCACUUCCCCAUCCAAUGACCUGGUUCCCAGGGGGGCCGAGGCUGGCUACCUGGUCACCAAGGUGGUGGCAGUGGACAGAGAUUCUGGUCAGAACUCGUGGCUUUCCUAUGAGCUCCUGAAGGCCACAGAACCGGGUCUGUUCAGUGUGGGGGCCCAGAAUGGAGAAGUGAAAACCACGAGACCCAUUAACAAGCGAGACACCUUCAAACAAAAACUGAUAAUCGGAGUCAGAGAUAAUGGUCACCCUCCCCAGUCCACCUCUGCAACGCUAAGCAUUCUGCUAGUGGAUGGUUUUUCUGACCCUUAUAUGAAAAUGGUGGAUAUCCCAAAGGAUGAAGUGGUGGUGGAGGAAGACCGCACCCUGACGAUGUAUCUGGUCAUAUGCUUGGCUGUCAUCUCCUUCAUUUUUCUGGUUUCUAUGUUAGUGUUUGUCGCCAUCAAGUUUCAGAAAAGGAGAAA